AUGAGUGACAAUACCCCAACUCACGAAAAGUUGCCUUUGGGUGACGACGUCGAAGAAGACGACGAUGACAUUGACCAGCUCGUCGAAGACUUGCAGUCUCACCACGGUCUUGACGACGAAGAAGAGGAACAGGAAGAAGAAGGUGUUUCUGCCAAGCCAGUUCCAGAAGAACUCUUGCAAACCGACCUCCACACCGGUUUGAAUGACGCUGAAGUCACCAAGAGAAGAAAGAAGUACGGUCUCAACCAGAUGGCCGAAGAGAAGGAGAACAUGAUUGUCAAGUUCAUCAUGUUCUUUGUCGGUCCAAUUCAGUUCGUCAUGGAGGCCGCUGCCAUCUUGGCUGCCGGUCUUGAAGAUUGGGUUGAUUUCGGUGUCAUUUGUGGUCUUUUGAUGUUGAACGCCUUUGUCGGUUUCAUUCAGGAAUACCAAGCCGGUUCUAUCGUCGAUGAGUUGAAGAAGACUCUUGCCAACUCCGCCGUUGUUGUCCGUAACGGUUCUUUUAUCGAAAUCCAGGCCAACGAGGUUGUCCCAGGUGACAUCUUGAAGGUCGAAGACGGUACCGUUAUCCCGGCCGAUGGUCGUUUGGUGUCCGAAGACAUUUUCUUGCAGGUCGAUCAGUCCGCCAUCACCGGUGAAUCCUUGGCUUCUGAUAAGAAGCAGGGUGACUCUGUCUACUCCUCCUCCACCGUUAAGCGUGGUGACGGUUUGAUGAUUGUUUGCGCCACCGGUGACAACACCUUCGUCGGUCGUGCCGCCGCUUUGGUCAACAAGGCGUCUGCUGGUACCGGUCACUUCACCGAAGUCUUGAACGGUAUUGGUACUAUUUUGUUGGUCUUGGUUAUCAUCACUCUUUUGGUUGUCUGGGUUGCUUCUUUCUACCGUACCAACAAGAUUGUCAGAAUCUUGCGUUACACCCUUGCCAUCACCAUUGUCGGUGUCCCAGUCGGUUUGCCAGCUGUCGUUACCACCACCAUGGCUGUCGGUGCUGCUUACCUUGCUAAGAAGCAGGCUAUUGUCCAGAAGUUGUCUGCCAUUGAAUCCUUGGCCGGUGUCGAGAUCUUGUGUUCCGACAAGACCGGUACCUUGACCAAGAACAAGUUGUCCUUGCACGAGCCAUACACCGUCGAAGGUGUUGAAGCCGAUGACCUUAUGUUGACCGCCUGUCUUGCUGCCUCCAGAAAGAAGAAGGGUCUCGAUGCCAUUGACAAGGCUUUCUUGAAGUCUUUGAUCGGCUACCCACGUGCCAAGGCUGCUUUGACCAAGUACAAGGUGCUUGAGUUCCACCCAUUCGACCCUGUUUCCAAGAAGGUUGUUGCUAUUGUUGAGUCUCCAGAAGGCGAAAGAAUCAUCUGUGUUAAGGGUGCUCCAUUGUUCGUCUUGAAGACUGUUGAAGAAGACCAUCCUAUUCCAGAAGAUGUCCACGAGAACUACGAAAACAAGGUUGCCGAAUUCGCUUCCAGAGGUUUCAGAUCUUUGGGUGUUGCCAGAAAGAGAGGCGAAGGCCACUGGGAAAUUCUCGGGAUCAUGCCAUGCAUGGACCCUCCAAGAGAUGACACUGGAAAGACCGUUGCUGAAGCCCGUUUCUUGGGUUUGAGAGUUAAGAUGUUGACUGGUGAUGCCGUUGGUAUUGCCAAGGAAACUUGCCGUCAAUUGGGUUUGGGUACUGCUAUCUUCGACGCUGACCGUUUGGGUCUCGGCGGUGGUGGUGACAUGCCAGGUUCUGAGCUUGCUGACUUUGUUGAAAAUGCCGAUGGUUUCGCUGAGGUUUUCCCACAGCACAAGUACAACGUUGUUGAAAUCUUGCAGAAGCGUGGUUUCUUGGUUGCCAUGACCGGUGACGGUGUUAACGAUGCCCCAUCCUUGAAGAAGGCUGACACUGGUAUUGCCGUCGAAGGUGCUUCCGAUGCUGCCCGUUCCGCUGCUGAUAUUGUUUUCCUUGCCCCAGGUUUGUCUGCUAUCAUUGAUGCCAUCAAGACCUCCCGCCAGAUUUUCCACAGAAUGUACUCUUACGUUGUGUACCGUAUUGCCUUGUCCUUGCACUUGGAAAUCUUCUUGGGUUUGUGGAUUGCUAUUCUCAACGAGUCCUUGGACAUUAACUUGAUUGUUUUCAUUGCCAUUUUCGCCGAUGUUGCCACCUUGGCCAUUGCUUACGAUAACGCCCCAUACGCUCCAAAGCCAGUCAAGUGGAACUUGCCAAGACUCUGGGGUAUGUCCAUUAUUUUGGGGAUCAUUCUUGCUAUCGGUACCUGGAUCACCUUGACCACCAUGUUCAUGUCCAAGGGUGGUAUCAUCCAGAACUUUGGUUCUAUUGACGGUGUCUUGUUCUUGGAAAUCUCCUUGACUGAGAACUGGUUGAUUUUCAUCACCCGUGCCGCUGGUCCAUUCUGGUCUUCUAUUCCAUCCUGGCAAUUGUCCCUCGCGGUGUUUAUGGUUGAUAUCUUGGCCACCGCUUUCUGUGCCUUCGGUUGGUGGUCCCAGAACUGGAACGACGUUGUUACCUUGGUCCGUGUCUGGAUUUUCUCUUUCGGUGUUUUCUGCUGCAUGGGUGGUGCUUACUACCUUAUGUCUGAGUCUGAAUCCUUCGACAGAGUUAUGAACGGUAAGCCAAGAAAGGAACCUGCUCAGCAGAGAUCUAUCGAAGACUUUGUCUCCGCUAUGAGAAGAGUUUCUACUCAACACGAAAAGUCCUCUUAG